UGUAUAUCGUCUUAAUCUCCUCCAACUUCCCUAGUCUUAUACGGAACAAAUUCCUGCCAAGGCUCACAAUUCGUAUAUACAUCACGACGGCACCUUAUUGGUAAUUUGGAUUAAGGACAUUGAGGCAUCAAGACUGGGUUUUGCUGUCCUUCAACAGAUCUUGACACUUUUGUUUUCAACAGUUGUACAAUUACAAUGUGUUCAUCGUCUUCGGCGGAGCAGCAGCAAGAUCAGGAGGCAGAGCCGAUUAGAAUAAAGAAGAAACGUAACGGGACCGGACGGAAGAAGAUCGAGAUGAAGAAAAUAGAGAAGAAUUCGAGUCGAAAAGUUGCAUUCUCAAAGAGAAGAAAAGGUUUAUUCAAAAAGGGUUGUGAACUUUGCCGGUUAUGUGGUGCGAUGAUCGCUAUAAUUGUGUUUUCUCCCAAAGGGAGAGUUUAUAGUUAUGGCUACCCAACUGCUGAUUUUGUUAUUAAGCAGUUUCAGAGUGAAGCAGAUGAAGAAAAUCAAUACAAUGUGGGUGAUGAAAGAGGGUCUAUAUCAUUACCACAUGAAGAGAAUUGUGAGACUGAUUGUGUUUCAGAGAAUUCCGCCACAGAAGAAGAAGAGGAGAAUGAGGAGGUGUAUUGGUGGGAGGAGGAUAUAGAGGGAUUAGAGUUGGAGGAACUCGAGAGGAGAAGGGCCUGUAUGGAGGAGUUGAGAGACAAUAUGGCUUCUUCCCUUGAGGAGAUAAUGGAGCGUAGAUUUUCUGAGAGGGACCUUUUAGGAAAUGACAGGGUCCCUCGCUAGUGAAAUUGCCUGAUGAAAUUUAAGUCAUUUAGAAGGUUAUAGAUUUAAUUUAUUACUUAGAUUUAGAUAUGUUGAAGCUUUUAGACAGAGUAUUGAGUUUUGUAUCAAGAAUUAGUCGAUUUAUUCUUAUUGUGCAGUCAGUUCAUAUAAUGCAAUUGCAAUAUGCACAUUAUUAUGCUUU